AUGGUGGAAGCAAUGAAAGGUGAGCUGACGACAGUGGCGGGACAGUGGCGGGACAGUCGCGGGACAGUGGCAGGACACCGGCGGAACAGUGCCGGGGUGGCGGGCAGUGGCGGGACACCGGCGGGACACCGGCGGGACAGUGGCGGGACAGUGGCGGGACAGUGGCGGGACAGUGGCGGGACAGCGGCGGGACAGGGGCGGGACAGGGACGGGACGGUGGCGGGACGGUGGCGGGACAGUGGCGGGACAGUGGCGGGACAGUGGCGGGACAGUGGCGGGACAGUGGCGGGACAGUGGCGGGACAGUGGCGGGACGGUGGCGGGACGGUGGCGGGACGGCGGCGGGACGGUGGCGGGACAGAGGCGGGACACCGGCGGGACAGUGGCGGGACAGUGGCGGGACAGUGGCGGGACAGUGGCGGGACAGUGGCGGGACAGUGGCGGGACAGUGGCGGGACAGUGGCGGGACAGUGGCGGGACAGGGGCGGGACAGGGGCGGGACGGUGGCGGGACGGUGGCGGGACGGUGGCGGGACGGCCGGGGAGGCCCCUGGACUGCCACAGGAAACCGGGGGUGCGGCCGGUCCGACCCGGCGGGUCGGGAGGGACACCGGAGGGACACGGGAGGGACAUGGGAGGGACACAACCCCUCCCCUACUUAA